AUGAAGGGUGUGCUGGCAUCACACGGACAUGCUUUGGUUGAAAUAAAAUCUGAUGACUCGAUGAUUCACCCUGCCUUCCGAAAUGGUCUGGAUUUGAGCCUGGAUGAACUUCAAGCACCUGAGGAUGAGCAACUGGUCAAAGCGCCUGACUUCGCAAGCAGAACUAACUAA